AGCAGGCAGGGUGUGUGGCGGACCUCUCCCGCAGUGUUCUGAAGGAGGACUGUCCAAGGCUACACCACCAAGUGUAGAAGGCGUAGGCAGGGAGUCACGGACACCCAGCCUUCCUCUCACCUGCCCCCCCACCACCCCCAACACUUCCUUAUUCUGGCUCCGCCGCCCUCCACCACCGCACGCGACAACAACCACUGCAACACGACAGGGAAACCAAAACAAAAAACAUCCUCUUGAAUCCCAUCAAUCUAACCCGGGGUAAUAUUCAGUGUUAUUCCCUCUAUAUAUACGUAGUGAAGAUAUGACCCCCGUGAGUGUACAAAUACAAGAAAAAUAAAGAUUCCCCGAAAUAUUCCAGUGGUGAGAGAGACUGUUACUUCAUCCCCAGAAAUAAAAGAUAUAAAGAAAACUAAAGAAGGAGUUAAAGGAAUCUCAUUAGCAUUUGUUGUGUUGUUUACAAAAGAGCCAAUAAGAGUCACCAACGUCCAUAGUCGCUUUCUACACUACAAGAAAUCGUCAUCAACUCAGAGGAAACCAAGUCAUUAUUAUUUACUGUUUUGUUAAAGUCUUGAAAAUGAGACUUAACCCAUAGACUGUAAAGAAAGACUUGUGGUUGGUUACUUAACACCAUAACAAAGACUGAUCUCUCUGGUGGCUUCAUAACAUGUGUGUGUGAUGCUAUUGUUAUCAUACAGACGAUAACUCAUUGUGAAAGAACCUAUUGGAUUUUGAAUCAUCUAAAUAGAGUGUGUAUGUGUGUGUGAGUGUGUCUGUCUGUGUGUGUGUGUGUGUGGAGGAUCGAUCCACUUCAAGAACUCAUCAUCCACUUCGUCAGGCGUCCACAUUCGAUGAACAGCAAUGGUGGAGCUGGUGGAGAGGGUUGAAGAUUACAAGGACUCUACAUUCAAGUACCAUCAUCCAUACCUGCCACACGGAAACUCCACCGCCGAGAUUUCCGAGAUGUGGCAGGAUAUUGAAACGCUGUUGAUGACGGAGGGUAGUCCUGUGGCCGGGCCCCUGGGAGCACCCCCACCCCACGCCACCUACCAGUACACCCACACCUUUACGCCCACGCCCACCCACCACCUGGUAACCUCCCCUCCGCCCCCACGCCUUCAUGAGGAACACAAACCUAAGGCAUUACCCAAAGGUUCUCCGGGUUCUGUGUUGUCUUCGUCAGCGGCCACCUCCCUCAGUAACCCCCCCACGCCACAGCCUCCUCCUCUACAGUCCCCCACACUGCCGCAGCAACAGCAGCCGCCGCCUCAACAACAACAGCAGUCACAGCACCCAGCCUUCGUGGCGGGGUAUGAUGUUAAGGAUAAGGCCCCCCAGCAGGCAGCGUCUCCCUCACAGCCACAGGCCACACAGCCGCCGCCGCCUCCUCCUCCCCCGCCUACUUCAGCACCUCCGUCACAGCAGCCUGACCAGCCGCCCAGACUGACUGAGGCCCCCCAGGUCGUGCCCACCAGCCCCCCGCUGCCCUCCCCCGUCACCGUGGUUGCCUCCGUCGCCUGCCCCUCCAGCACAGUCACGGCGUCCACUGCGGUACCUCCUGUCCAGGCGUCCAGCUACCACCAGUACCUCGACCCCAAGUACCAGUGUUUAGACCAGAAGUACCAGGCGCCGGACCCCAAGUACCAGUGUACGGACACCAAGUUCACCCUACAGGACCCCAAGUACCAGUGUGUUGACCCUAAAUUCGUGUCGGCUGACCCUAAGUACCCGGUACAAGAUCUCAAGUACACCACCACGACCUCCCACGACCCCAAGUACACGAUACCGGAGUCUGACUUCCUAGUUCCCGAUCCCAAGUACGCCACUUUAGACCCCAAGUUCCAGUGUACGGACCCCAAGUACGGGACCUACACGACGGUGCCCAUCAAACCUGAGGGACGGUACGAGCCACAACCGGACAUGAGUGGCGGGAGUGUUGUCAACUGGGCAGUGGACGGAUCUGUCUACUCCUGUAAGGACUGUCCAGUGGCGUCCACCCCGUCUCAGUACACAUCAACAUCCUACGUGACGGACUACAGCCCCUCCUACUACACUCCCUCUUACUCCAUGUACAGCUCAGGGGCGCCGCCGUCCUGGGGUAUUCCGAGUAACCAGAUGAGUGUCAGUAGCUACCAGUACAGCACACCCAUGCCGCCCCUCUCCAUGCCCCUCAGUGAGCCGCCCCCACCGCCACCCAAACCACGCAGGCGACGGGCCAAGAGGAAAGUCACCAUACACAGCUGUCCAUAUGAAGGCUGUACCAAAACCUACAUCAAAUCCUCUCAUUUAAAAGCUCACCUGAGGACACACACGGGGGAGAAGCCUUACCUGUGCUCCUGGAAGGGUUGUGGCUGGAAGUUUGCACGAUCAGACGAGCUCACGAGGCACUACAGGAAGCACACAGGUGACAGACCCUUCCAGUGUCGGCUGUGUGAACGAGCCUUCUCCCGCUCUGACCACCUCAGCCUCCACAUGAAGCGUCACAUAGCGAUCUGAAGAGUAAAGAUAAACCCAGAUGUAACGUGACAUGACUUAAUGGGCAUAAAUCAUGAUCAGUAAGUGUGAUCUAAUUACAUAAACUCUCGAUCAAAAGAUGAAAAAUGUCAGAGUGAAAUAUGUCAGGGUGAAAAAUAUCCGAGUGAAGAAUAUUAGAGUGAAAAAUAUUAG